AGCAAGAGAAUCGAGAUCAUACGGAAGUCCUUCAUUCCUUCGUGGAGCUCGGCCUUCAGUCGAACGUUUUAAAACACUUGGCCAUUCGUUUUUGUGUGAAAAUCGGCCUUUCGCCACGCAUAAAUGCGCUGCAGGAAAGUUAUAGGUCUUACUGAAACACUAAGCUUGGAUUUCGGUCUCGCUUACACUUGGCCAUUGGUUCAAUUCCAAGUUAUGCUCUUCUGCAGCUCGGCUUUAGACUCACAGGAAACUACAUAUUCUGGACUGCCGACCCUAUCUUUGCGGAGCUUAGCCGUCGGCCUCGCUCAAUCUGCGUGUUCUUUUCGAAGCUCUGCUUUCCUGAUUGGACGCUUCGGAUCUUGUCUUGUGUCGUAGAUGGAGCUCGGCUUCCUGCCUCGCCUCUCGCAUAGGUAUGGGCAUUAGUUCAUGACCAAGCUCCAUGCUCUUGAAGCUCGGCCUUUGGAUUGUCUAAAAGGCGUUUCCCUGAUACGGCGUACUAAUAGAGACAGAACAGGCGCCUCGCAAAGAUUUUCCGCCCGGGGCCUCGCAGAGCCUAAGGCCGCCCCUGGUCCUUCUUACGGCUGUAGCACGGCCGCGUUUUUAUCGCCUAUCACGUUCUACAAGUACGUAAGUGGGAAAGUGAUAAGUUAUAAAAAUGCAACCAUGCUGCCACCCUUGGUACCAAUCUGAGAACCUGCCGCGAAAUAUGAAAAUCGAAAUUUUGUUUUCUGCCUAUACGAGCACUAUACGAGCAUAUAUCACUCUAGCAUAUACGAGCGAUAAUUCGGUAAUAAAAUAACACGGACCGAACAAUUUUGAUCAUUUUUUAACUGAAACUACUUACUGUUGAUGAACGACAGUUUUAUCCACAGGCGAAAAUUUUCAGCACUUGAAUGGCGAAGAAUCAGAAUAUACCAGAGUUUAUACUUACCUAAGUUAAAUGAAUCACCCAGCAGACCCCUAAAAGCUUUGGUAAUCAGGUUCAUAUAUCAAGAUCCAUAUCUAUUAAAUUAUCGUAGUUGUUCCGAAACAACAUGAACAGGCAAGUUAGUAUUGAUGGUUCCAUUAUUUGUUAUGGAUGUUUGUCCUAAAUCUCAAGUUAUACAAGUAGUGUAGUUCCAGAAAACAAUUUACGAAAAAUCAUGUAAAAUGCACAAGUUUUAAGAGUACUAUUUAAAAAUGGCAUUUGUUUAUAGCUGUUGCUUUUGGUUUUCUUUACGCUUGGGAGGCAUUUUGAUCGGUAUAUUUUCAUUAGUGCAGGCCUUGAUAGUAUUGAUCGGAUGCGGCCUAGCCUACACACACCCCGACCGAGCUAAGGAUGACAUCGCGAUGUGGACUCACAACAUGAUAUUAAUAUAUACAAAGGAUUAUAUAGAUGAUAUUUUGACAAAUUUCAACCGGUAUGUCACUUUCGGGAUAACAGUCACGUGUUUGUACAUAGUGGCAUGUAUCUUAUUCAUUUAUGGAGCAUAUACGUUCCAAAACAUACUCCUUAUUGGAUUUAUCCUGGCAGAAUUAAUUCGGCUGCUAUUUUUGUCAGUCUUGGUGGCCACCGGGUUACUGGUUCUCAAGCAGAACACUAUGGACAUAGGACUUCUCAUCGGCGCUAGUGUCGCCGGCGGCUUUCUUCUUUUGGGAAUGUUUUACCUGUGGGUGUGCGCUCUGAAUUUGCCGGUACUGAUUAAUGAAAUGGAACGGGACGAGCAGGCUGCGACUAUCGCGAAACUACGGCAGGUCCUCGAGAUGACCAACUCCAACCAACUGAGGGCCGCUCAGGGACUGGACGACCACAUACCGCUGGCCAACGACAAGAAUCGCGGACCCAUAUACACAGUGCCGCGGAAAAAAGGAAAUGAAUUCGUCUCGAGAAUUCCCGUUUCGUUUUAUUCAAACGUGAAUUGAAAAAUUCUGACAAAAAAACUAUU